UGAUUGUAUCUCCAUUCCUCCUUUCCACAACAACGAUAACAAUGGCGUUGACAUCACUCGCGUCGCGCGCUGGAUUAAUUCGGAUCAUGGAGGGGAACUUGGCAUCAUCUACUUACACUCUUCGCUAUUUUAGUGACGGUAAAGGCCGUGUCCUCAGUGAAGAAGAGCGCGCUAAGGAAACCGUUUACAUUCAGAAAAUGGAGAGGGAAAGGUUGGAGAAGCAGAAGAAGAAGGCGGAGCUCGAGAAAGCUGACAAGGGCAAAUCCGACAAGGCUGCCGAAGACAACAAGUAGAGCUGAAAUGGGAUGUCAGUUCACUAGCAAUUCUCCUGGUUUGUUUGUUGAAAAUAAAUAUGUUGGUUUGCUUGGAUCAUAUCAUGUUGAGGCUAUGGCUCAUGUACUGAAAUUAUAUGACUUGUUGGUUUUGCUCAUGGACUUAUGAUACAUAGUCUUGUUCCAAUGUGGAUGUAUAUUUGAUCAAGUUUCUUCCAGUUUAA